AUGAAACAACAGCAGACUGCAUAUGAAGAUAAAUUGGAAAACGAACGAGCCACCUACCGAGUGCAAUUAGAGCAACAGCAGGCUAAGCAUGAAAAAAGGACAGAGCAAGAAAAGACCGUCUAUCAGCAACAAUUGGAGCGGAACCGAGCCAAUCAUCAGCAGCAAAUGAAGGAACAGCAGAUUACCCAUAGAAAGAUAUUGGAACAUCAACGAGAUGCCGAUGAGAAAAAAUUGGAGCAGCAGCAGACCAGUUAUGAAAAGAAGAUGGAGCAAGAAAAAUCCAAUCAUCAAAUUCAGUUGAAAGAGGAACGAUCCGUUCAUGAAAAAGAAGUAAAGAAAUCAGAACAGGAGCGAACCACCCACCGAGAGAAACUAAAGCAACAACAGACCGCUCAUGAAAAGAAAUUGAAGCAAGUCCAGAAGGAAAAGCGAGAUUAUAUGAAGGAACACAACAAGAUUGCCGCACUCAUGACCUGGGAUAUUUUCAUCUUCAAGGCACUCUAUCGAAAGAGAGUUGAGGAUUGUAGAGUUGGUCGAGGAAAGAUAUACAGAUUGGAGCAUCAAUUACAGUUGAUCUCUCAAGAAAAGAAAGAAUCAGAGUUUCGAGGCAGAAGAUACCUCUGGAAAGCCAUUUUAAAUGCAGCUUCAUCAGAAUCAUGGAAAGCUCGGUGUCUCAUGGUUCUCAAUGACUUGAGAGUUUCUUUACAGGAGUAUAGAGACUUGAGGGUCAAGAGCUCAGAUACUUUAAAGGAGGUCGAGGAUGGAUGGAGAGCCAAGAAAAAUUCUGCGGAUCGUCUCUGGUCAUUAGACUAUAUCGAGUUGCAGGAUUUGAAGAAGUCCGCCUUUGAGUUCAUUGGAACUUAUUUGGCCUCAUCUGUUCAAAGCGAUCCUAGGCAUUAUGAAUUAUGGAAAGAAUUGGCAAAGUCUAUUUUGGACCAUACGACUAGCAUAAAUAAUGCUAUCAUUCCAAGAAUGUUGUUAGCAGAAGUCAAUGCUCCUUGGUGGCGAUUUCAUGUCAAAUCAAGUCACCUAUUACAUGCUGCGGCAAGAGAUUUUACGAACCACCAGGUCCAAACACGAUCCUUGCGUUUAUUUGCUAUUCUUAUUGAGAAAGAAUACAAUAUAUCGGAGUGUUUGGAGCUCAUCAUGAGUAUCAUGGAAGAUCUCGGUUCUACCACAGAUCAUUUCGUAGGAUACAUGAUUGCAAAAUGCAUUCAAGAGUAUCUCAAAGAUACCGAUAGGCAUAUAUCAAAUCAAGGAUCAAUACUCAGUCUUGCUUUUGAUCAACUAUGUCAACAAGUUGGUCGUAGGUUUCCUGAAAUAUGGAAUUGCUACGAAACAAGAGAAUCAUCAGUAUCCAGGCAUACUGUGAAUCUUCUACUUAGAAAUGAGUUCCGUACAUGCCUCAAAGAUUCUCAUGAGAUAAUUAUGAAGUUAUAUCAAGUCUUACAUAGUUCCAAGAACCUCCAAGACAUACUUGAGAAAACCUAUUCGGAAGAUUUCAUUUCCAUUGGAAAUUUGUACAUCAUUUCCCAAGAAACAUGGGAUUGGAUCAUUUUUGUUUGUCAGGAGAAACGUACUAUUUAUCUAGUUGAAGAGGGUUGUGUGUGCAAAGACAAGGUAUUAGAAUUUGGGAAUUUAUCUUACUCGAUCAAUGAAUCAGAUACGUUGGCGUUUAGUUGUGUCAAUUCAGAACAGAGGACCUGGUGUCAUGAUCGACUUUCUCAAGCAAAGUUGGAUGAAGGGUUAUUGGAAAUCUUGAAAGAAUUAGGAGUUGAUGAUAUCAUGAAUAUUGAUUGA